UAACGCUUCGGUACGGGUGGACUGUUCGCUGUUCGCGAUUAAACCGGGUCCGUCGGUUCGGGUGGGCGCGUAUUCCGUGCGCUCGUGCUGGUGCGUGCAUAAACUGUGCUAUCAGGUUCCGGUGCGCGUGCAUCCAAUCGAAUCCCUUCGCUGCGGAUCUGUUCACUGCAGAAUAAGCGAUUUAAGUGUGCUCAGUGGUGGGAAGAAUGCUGCAGGUAGAACGCAACCCAAAACCGUGCUGAUAACGAACAGACAGUUGUCCAAAGCUAAUUGUGAGAGUGAGAGUGUCCUGAUAACCGCAAGAUGGAUUGGGGUGAAAGAACGAUCGUGGAAGAUCAGCAGAGUGUUGAUGGAUUGCGGGCGGAUGUGCGACACGAGCCACCGGCACAUCAGCAGCAACAUCUGCUUCAGCAGCCACUGCAACAGCCACUGCUGCAACCGGUCCAGCAGAUCCAUACGUACAUGCCCCAAUCUACAACGCCUUCCCUGCAGCCUCCGCCUCAUCACAGUCCACUCUCACUGGCAAUUCCGAUUUCUGACGCAUUGCGACAUCGAACUGCCGAAGCCGAUUCGAUAGGAUGCGUGGAAGUGCUGGCCACCGUGUGCUCGAUCGUGCUGAUGGUCCUGACCCUGCCGAUCUCGCUGUUUCUCUGCUUCAAGGUGGUGCAGGAGUACGAGCGUGCCGUCAUCUUUCGGCUCGGUCGAUUACGUUCCGGUGGGGCCCGCGGACCGGGCGUCUUCUUCGUCCUGCCCUGUAUCGACAACUACUGCAAGGUUGAUCUGCGUACCGUGUCGUUCGAUGUCCCACCGCAGGAGGUACUGACGCGCGAUUCCGUCACCGUGUCGGUCGAUGCCGUCGUGUACUAUCGCAUACGGGAUCCGCUGAAUGCCGUCGUGCAGGUAGCCAACUACAGCCACUCGACACGGCUGCUGGCGGCCACAACGCUGCGGAACGUGCUCGGUACGAGAAAUCUGUCCGAGUUACUGACGGAACGAGAAGCCAUCUCGCACUCGAUGCAGGUCACGCUGGACGAGGCUACCGAUCCGUGGGGCGUACAGGUAGAGCGUGUUGAGAUCAAGGACGUUUCACUGCCGGAUUCGCUGCAACGCUCGAUGGCAGCGGAAGCGGAAGCGGCACGUGAAGCUCGUGCCAAAGUGAUCGCCGCCGAGGGUGAGAUGAAAUCGUCCCGCGCACUGAAGGAAGCCUCCGACAUCAUGUGCGAAAGCCCGGCCGCACUACAGCUGCGCUACCUGCAGACGCUCAGCAGCAUUGCCGGCGAGAAGAACUCCACGAUCGUGUUUCCGCUACCGAUCGAACUGAUCGGACCGCUGAUGAACUUCACGUCCUCGCUGGGUGUGCAGCGCACCACGGCACCGAUGCAGGCGGCACCGUGUGGCCCCUCCACGACGACCAGCACAUCGUCACCGCUGGACGGCCAUCCCGGGCAUCAACCGCCACCCGAGUAGCAGCAACUUCCGCGCGUACACUUACAACGACGCCACCAUCAUCAGCAUCGGCGGCAUCAUCACCAGCAGCGGCCAGCGCACCGACACCGCGAACCGGGUCCAUCCGGUGACCGUAAGAUCGUCGGACCGAGCGUCAUUGGAUCCGCCUCAUCUUACUCCCUAUCCUCGGCGGAAGAUUCGGCCCUCUGCUCUCCCACCAACCGUUUGGCACGAUUUAUUCUAGAUCUGUAGGGCGUGGGAACUAUUUUCUAUUCAACCACAUAAACGAGGAGGGCAAGGAGGGAAUGAACAGCGUAGCGUAAAUAACAUAAAAAGCGAAACAAUACAUAAUAUGCUCCAUCCACGGUCGAACGAGCCAAACAAUCAAACGAUAUACUAGUUGUUGAUGUUUAACAGUGUUAUCAUUUGCCAUUAUUCUCUUUUGAAUGUGUUUUAACGUAACGAACAUGAUUGUAAAUAAAGCCGUAUUCGUA